UAAAAAAAAAACCCGCAUACCCACCGUCUCUCUCCCGCCAUCACAAAACAAAAGGCAAAAAGAAGAAAAAAAAGGAAUGGACCUACCGGUGAUCGAUCUGACGGUGUAUCUGGCGCUGGCGGACGAGAUCAACGGCGAUCCGUCAACGUUGACGGACCGCGUCGGACCCGAACUGUCCGGGCUGUGUAGAGAGGUGAGUCGGGUCCUGAGAGAGACCGGGGCGUUGCUGGUGAAGGAUCCGAGAUGUACGGCGGAGGACAACGACCGGUUCAUCGAUAUGAUGGAGCAGUACUUCGAGCGCCCCGCGGAUUUCAAGCGCCUCCAGGAGCGUCCGGCCCUGCAUUACCAGGUUGGGGUGACACCAGAGGGAGUAGAAGUUCCAAGGAGCCUGGUUGAUGAAGAAAUGCAAGAGAAAUUAAGAGAAAUGCCAAAAGGGUUCCAACCAGCCACUCCCGUAGGACCAGAUCGCAAGUGGCGAUACAUGUGGAGAGUGGGUCCUCGUCCUUCGAACACCCGAUAUCAGGAACUCAAUGCAGAGCCUGUUAUACCUGAAGGUUUUCCUGAAUGGAAAGAUACCAUGGAUUCAUGGGGACAUAAAAUGAUAUCGGCAAUAGAGGUUGUUGCUGAAAUGGCAGCUAUUGGGUUUGGCUUGCCAAAAGAUGCAUUCACUUCUCUUAUGAAGCAGGGGCCGCAUCUUCUUGCUCCAACAGGGAGUGACCUCCGACUUUAUGGCCAAGAAGGUACUGUUUUUGCAGGAUAUCACUAUGACCUUAAUUUUCUAACCAUUCAUGGCAGAAGUAGAUUCCCGGGUUUGAACAUUUGGCUCAGAAAUGGACAAAAAGUGGAGGUGAAGGUUCCUGUAGGAUGUCUUCUCAUUCAAACAGGAAAGCAGAUAGAAUGGUUGACCGCUGGAGACUGCAUCGCUGGCAUGCAUGAAGUAGUGGUCACGAAUAGGACUAUUGAAGCAAUCAAAGUAGCAUCAGAACAAAAUCGCAGCCUAUGGAGAGUAUCCUCAACGUUGUUUGCCCACAUAGCAUCAGAUGCUGUGUUGAAGCCCUUAGGCCACUUCGCAGAAUCACCACUUGCCAGCAAAUAUCCACCUAUGUGCGCAGGAGAGUUUGUUGAACAGGAGCUCGCAGUUAUCAAUCUGAAGGGAACAAAGGAGAACGUCAAUGACUUGUAACAAUUGGGAACUACACAUUCUUAUUUGGACGAAGCAAACAGCAUAUAAAAGUUGUUGGGAUGCCGACAUGUUUGUUUCGUUGUUUUACGGCUUGAUAAACAGAAUCAGCGGAGCAUGUCCGAGCCAUUAAUUGUCAUGUUGUAUUUGGUGUGUUCUUGCUAUCAGUUUUAUCUUUGGAGGAAGGGGGCAAAAGUUCUUGCUAUUUGUUGAAAACUUGAAAUGUGUUGAAAAUUACAGCAACCGAUUGAUUCGGUUAUGAAGUAAAUGUAUUGGAAUUUUUUCCUU